UGAUGAUGCUGAUGAUGGAGGAGGAGGAGGAGGAGGGGCCGGUCACUGUACUCACUUUGCUUUCUAAUUAAAGCCUCAGAUAACGAGAGGCAGAGCGAGGACGAGGACGAGAAAGUAACACAUUUAAAGCUUCAGCAGCUUCAGAAAAGAGACGCUGAAGGUCAGGGGAGAAACCCCGAGAGACCCUUCAGCCCUGAAACAGACACUUCUGAGCCAUGACCGAAGGACCAGACGAGACGAGAGCAAGAGGGACAAUCUGGUCGAGGGGGACAGCUGAAGAAACUACCUUCUGCACACCAGAGACAUGGGCCAGUAUGAAUACAGACAGAGAUUAGACAGACAGACAGACAUACAGACAGAGAUUAGACAGAUAGACAGACAUACAGACAGAGAUUAGACAGACAGACAAAUCAGAGGAAGGACAAAUGAAGGAAACCUCAGUGAGUGAGAAGACUUGAAUCCGGUGAAGGAGCUGAGAUGACGCCAGAGGAACCUGAACCGAUCCAGUUCUGCUAGAAAUAGCCUUCAUCAUGGGAUUGAGCCAAAUCUCCAACAUCACUCCCGACAUUGGCUUAGCGGCGGCGGCAGCGAGCAGCCAUCCCAACACCUCUGGCACCUUGCCCACCUCGUCCCUCCCUCCAUCGUCCUGCAGCAUUGAUGAGUCCUACAAGUACGUCUUCCUGCCUGUCUGCUACUCACUGACCUUCCUCUUCAGCCUCACCCUCAACUCGGUGGUGCUGCUGCGCUCCUGCCGCCACCACGGAAGUUGCUGCGGCGGCGGCGGCAGCAGCAGCAGCAGUGGGCGGCGGUGGAACACCUCAUUGAUCUACAUGGUGAACCUGGCUACCACCGACCUCAUGUACGGUCUGUCGCUGCCCUUCCUGGUGGCAAGCUACGUGCUGAGGGACCGCUGGGUGUUCGGGGACUUCAUGUGCCGCCUCGUCCGCUUCCUCUUCUACUUCAACCUCUACUGCUCCAUCUUCUUUCUCACCUGCAUCUCCGUGCACAGGUACCUCGGGAUCUGCCAUCCGAUGAGGACCAUCACUCUGGAGAGCAAGCGAGUGGUGAAGGGGACCUGUGCAUUGGUGUGGGUGGUGGUCUUCAUCCUCACCUGUCCCAUCUUCAGGUUCGCCCAGACGGGAUACAUGACGCGGCGAAGUGGCGGGGUUGUCGAGUCUGGAGGGGUGAGGGAAGACGGGAACAGUACCGGAUCUCAGUUGGAGGACCAGGAGGGAUACAUGAACUGCUGGGACGACGCCAUCGAUAAGGAGUUUGCCGACUACGUCCCAUACGGCAUCGUCCUCCACCUCCUGGGCUUCUUUGUGCCCUUUGUCAUCAUCGCCUGGUGCUACUCGCAGGUGGUCAGGACGAUAUUUCAGACCCUGCGCUCCCCUCCCAGUUCGGUAGAGGGCGGGGAGGAUGGUCCGGUGGGAGACGGGGCAACAGAAGGAGUCAGAGAGCGGGAGAGAACCUCGGUCUCCAUCUCUGGAUCGCAGUACUCGCACUACAUCCGGCGGCGACGGAAAUCCAUAAAAACCAUCGUAACCAUCACAUUGCUGUUUGCGCUCUGCUUCCUGCCCUUCCACGUGACCCGGACGCUGUUCCUGCUCCUGCGGCGGGGGCAGCUAGGCGGCUGCAAGGUCAUGAAGACUGUCUCUAUCUGCUACAAGGUCACUCGCCCUCUGGCUUCCUGCAACGCCUGGCUCAACGCCCUCCUCUACUUCCUGACAGGGGACAAGGGCACCCCCUGCUGCUGGCCAGCAGAACACAGCAUCCGCAGAGACCGUCGCAGCGGCUCCCUCUGGUGGCCGCUAAAGAUCCUGAAAAAGGAGGGAGUGGGAGAGGACGACCAGGAGGCAGCCGAGAAGGUCGAUAGGGAAGUGCACAUGGAAAACGAGUCCAAGUCUUCAAGGGUCAUCUUCUAGAAGGUUUUAGUGUUGGUUUCUUUGUAAAAGACUUUAAACAGCAUGUGAUGCACCAGGCAAGAUCCAGCAGUUAAACAAAAAACUGCUCAGUAGUAAGGUUGUCAAAAGUAUGGAUCCUUUUUCGAUACCACGUUUUAAACAGUACAGUAUAAUUUGAUAGUAUCAAAACUAUGGUAAAAAUAGAUCUACAAUCAGAAAUUUCAACCCAAGGCUGCACACAUGUUGAAAAAAAUUUCAAUAGCUUGAAACGCACGUUGUUGCGUUCUUGUGGCACGAACUGCAGAAGGAAGUAGGCAUUGUGUUGUUGAUGGUGUUCAUAAGGGGGAAAAAUGCAAGAAACUGACAGAAAAAUGCAAAAAGAAGCCCUGGCUUUUGAGUACUUUUGUUGAUGGCAGCAGGAAAAUGUAGCCUACAUAAAAAAAAUCUACAUCAGUUUAAGUGUACAGUAUAUCUAGAAUAUUUUCAUCACUUUACCUUGCCAGACAGCCCUUUCUGUGGGCAUCUGAGCCCAUUUUAUCUAUCAGUCUGUCCAGGGAGUUGCAAUGUUGCGAUUGCAACCAAUAACGCAAAUUCAACCAAUCCCUGUGAAUCCUGCAGAAUUUUGUCCAGUCUCAGCAACUUUUCCUCCCAAUCGUAUUAGACCCUCCUGUGCAAAACACUAAACCACACAUCAUCAAACUAAUAGAGAUUUUUUUUCUCUCUGCAACAAGUUGCCUUAGAUUUUGUAAUGAAUUAUAAAAGGGUUUCACUUUCUCACACAUUUUCAUGCUCAAAACAAUAUCCAUGAAAUUGGGCAUUUUAGGCUGCAACAAUCCCUCCAAAAAGCCUGGAGGAACUUAUCUGUCCUCUCCUUACAGCCACCAGACACCUUUGACAAUUAAAUUCAGUUUUAUUUGUACAGCAGCCAGUCAUAACAGAUGUUAUCUCAGGACACUUUUCAGAUAAUUAGAUAUAACUGGGUACCAUCUGCAUAACAAUGAACAUUCAUGGAGUGAUUCUGAAUCACUUGCCUGGAGGAAGCAUAUAUGAGGGGAAUCGAACUGGUCCAAGUACAGAACCUUGAACCACUUUUAUGGAUGGAGUCUGGUGGCUUUGAAGAGAUAUAACAACUCGGUUUCGUAUUAAAUCGGGCAAAUAUUGUUUAAACUAGUACAGCACGACCCUUUUCCAUCUGAAUAUUCACACGUCAUCCGAAUCACAACUGCCAACAAGCUAUUUUGAGUUUUUUUGCGGUUUUCUGCCGUGCUAUUUAAAGAGGUAUCGCAUAUUGUUGUUUUAUACUACUGUAGAAGUUUAAAACUCUGGUAUCAUGACAACCUUACUCAGUAGGGGUGGGUAUUAUUUUACAUUUGUUUCGAUGCUAGCCAAGUUGUCAAAAGAAAAUGUUAAUUAACGCCUGUUUCCACCCACUACUGUUGUGUGAAUAUGAGUUUAAUGGUUGAUGGAACUAAUUCUCCAGUUGCUGCCAUUAAACCACUGCAGAAGAACAGGACAUUGAAAGAGCUCCAGUCAAGGGUCAAACGAUGAAAAACAUGAAGGAAAUCAGAUAUUUCUGUUCAGAUCUGAUGACAUAGACCAGUAGCUCCCAACCUUAUUAUUGGACGGAAACCGACAGAUAAUGAUACCAAAACACGACCUAAUAAAUGUUGUUUAAACACAAGCAAAUUCUCAAUUUAAAUUGGGAACCAUUUGAUCAAAGAAUACAUAAGCAACAUUUUGAAUCAGAUAUUCAAUAUACUGGAUCAAGAUAGAGAUGGAAGGGUUGUAAUCUGCAACUACACUGCUACAGGCAACUAAAUCCUACACACUGGUCCUUUAAGAAAACUAUAUAUGUCUCUUUUACCUUUUAACCAUUCAACAUAGACUAGCCUAGCAUAUAGCACAUCUAAGUACAGGAAAGGAGGAAGUUGACCCUGAGGCUUGUUCAACUGUUAUUGGAGCACAGAGCAAAAAAGGGGCAGGACUUAAGCCCAGUUUAGACCAAAGAUUCCCAAGACAGUGUAUCAGCAGCAACCUUCUGUACUUUUGUUCUAAGUGCUGGCUUCUCCUUUAGGCAGCUUACUAAAAUAUAGAAUGAGUAUAGUGAAAGUGUGUUUCUGGCUACUGCUGCUUUUUUUGUUGAAAAGAUGAAAACUCAUUAAAACGAGAGGGUGGAGAAUUUGGAGCUGUCCAUGGGUUCAUUUUAAGGCUUGUGUUAAACAAAUUGAUGAGGUGACUGUCUGUCCUGGAACGUGUAAUUAAUAAAUGUGAUUCCUAAAAAGAGGCGGUACUCCCUUUUAAAUGUCAUGUAAAACCCAUACUGGCAGCCAUGUUACUGACCUGUCUGAAUGUAUUUCCUUCAAAGAGCAACAGUCCCUGCUUCAUGUGUAGUUGUUGUUGUUGUUGUUGUUGUUGUUGUUGUUUUUUUGAGCUCAGGUCAGUCUGUGAUGUCAGACCUCUUUUGUUUUUUUGACUGGUGUAUUUUGAUGUUUUGUGGCUCAAUAUCUGGAUUAAAGUCUGUCGUUGACAUCA